GGCGGUGUCGGGCGCUUCUACAUCCCUGCUGGCAGAGUCCACUAGUCUCCCUCUCCGCAUCUGUAGUCCCAGGCUCCCCGGCUUCAAACGAACCCUAUACCGACACGGAAUAGACAUUUCUCGGAAUAUCCAAGCGGACAGUGGAACCGCAGCCCUGUAUUCCAAACAGGACGAGAUCUUCACCAUGAAUUGCGACAUGGAUGGAGACAUGGAGAACCAGGUUGAGAUGGAGGAGAAGACCAGGCUCAUCAAUCAGGUUCUGGAACUCCAGCAUACCUUGGAAGAUCUGUCCGCGCGGGUGGACGCCGUCAAGGAGGAGAACCUGAAGCUGAAGUCGGAGAACCAGGUCCUGGGCCAGUACAUCGAGAACCUCAUGUCUGCCUCCAGCGUCUUCCAGACCACAGACACCAAGAGCAAACGAAAGUAAAAGAAGAACGAGAAGCAGAGACCCCGACGUGGCUGUAAGAUCUAAGCCUUUUGGGGGUUGGGGGGGCCUGGGGCCCAUAGAGCCUGCCGUGGAAGGAGUCGUAGUCUCCGGUGCAGACCUGGACGCUCAUCUUGUCUCGCUUACUGAGCGUGCUCAGAAGGCGGUCAAGCCUAGGUCUGUUCCGUGGAAACGUCACUCACUCCCAAGGCAGGACUUCUCUUCGCCCUUUCUAUGGGACCCGAUGGCUGCUUCUCAGCUGGUUGAGGAUGGAGGUCAGGGAGGUGGGUGUCUGUCUGCACACCGUAUUCUAGAGUAACCGUGGAAGGUCCGGUCCCAUAUAAAGAGGUGAAGGGGUCAGUUCUACCCAGUGUCCGGUCCUUAAACUGGUCCCCCUGCCAAGGCCCCGAGCAGUAGUUGCUACUAGAUCUUUGCUCUCGCUUCGGGUGGAGGCAGCUAGUCACUGGGACGACUAUUGUAUAAAAAUGCUCCAACUUUCUCUGGAUGGUCGUGUCUCCCUUGCACUCAUGCACAUUGUAUUGUUUCGUGUAGCAAACGCCAUUUAUGUGACACACAAUACCGCUUAAAAAUACUUAAAAGAUACUGUUGAGCCCUAAUCUGCAUCUGCAUCACUUCCCCGUUUCUUAACUUUGGUCACUUUGGUUCAUCUUAUGAAUCUGGUGUAUUUAUUUAUUUACAUUUCCCUCUUAACAACUUUAAAAUCAGCUGGAUCUGAGUUUUGGGAUGGCGUGAAAUUGUUUACCACAUGGUUCCGCUCAAACUGGUUACAUCGGGAUCAAACUGGACUGAACGAUGUGUAUUACAAAUGGUGGCUUGAGUCGGAUUUGAUUUGCACGGUCAUGUUAUUCACUAAUUUACAAAGUAUUUGUUAUGUAAAGUUAAUGUAACUAAACUGUUUUACUCCCAUCAUGGGCCAUGGCCUUUUUUGGCAGAAUUCAUAAAACGGUAAAAAAAAGAAUCAUGAUUUAGAUUAGGUUUGCAGCUCAGUGACCGAGGCUAACUGUACAGUACUAAAGAUGGUUUUAACAGUCACAUAUCGUUUUUUUUAAUUGGCCAUUAAAAACAAUACAUAAGCUGUUAGUUUGCUGCUGUGAUGUUGGUAUGCACAAAUUCCCCGCUACAAGGAAGCUCAGCUAAGCUAAUCCUGUCGCUUGAGUGUUUUUUCUUGCUACCCAUUUGUAUAUAACUUAAUCAUUAAUGCCACAUACUUAAUCGUUUUGCUAUCCACUACAGUAAUCGUGCAGUUUCUGGAAGCUAAACCAUCUGACUCGGUAGAUGAGGCGAUCAACACUACAAUGCUCACAAUGUUCAGGCAUAGAAGAGGAGGGCCAAAUCCUAAAGCUGGGUACAAAUACUUAAAGUAUAUCUAAUUAAAUUAAGCUACGAUUGAACCCAAUGGCAAGAUGAAUAAAUGUACAGUGAGGAGCAGAUGGAGGAAGUAAGGCAGACAAUCUCUCUCUUCGCGUGUAGAUAGGGGUUAAUAGUCCUUGAGAGCUAUCGAACCACUCACCCUGUCCAGGAAGACUACGUCUCCAGGCAGGUUUGGGUGGGUAGCGAUUAAAAAAAACAAGCCUAUCAUCUCAUCGUAUGUCAGAAGAGAUAGGAGACGGGAAGUCAUAAGCUGCACUGUAACAAACAAAGGAGCAUUAAAACCGGUCGAGCCAGUGAAUAUGAAACACUCCGUGUUGCUUUCGAACUGCUUUUGCAGCCGUUGUAAACAAACACACAUUGGUAGACCCAGUCAUGUUUUUCUUUGUUUAUUUCGAUAAGUUGUGGUUGUACAAUAAAAUAUUCCCAUUCCCUUUUUGUUUUAUGUAGCAGCAUGCCAACGAUGCGCUUGUUAAAACCAACUGGCUUGCGUGUAGAUACUGUGUACAAUUUUGACAAAAUGUAAUGUUUUAAUAAAACAUUUUUGUUCCAUUUAAUGUCCCUACGUCAAUGACCAAACGGGAGGAGUGGAAGUCAACCUGGUGGCGAAUUCUGCACCCCAC